CUAUACUCUAUUCUCGUUAAUUUUGCCGUUCAUUAUGAUUCAAAUGGUGCGAUCGUAAUUGGUACUCCCAUUUGGGAGAGGCAUGGAUGAGCGGCUGUUAAAAUAGCUGUUGCUCCCCAGCCUUCUAGAAGGAGACCGAGAUCUUCACCUACCAUUAUACUGUACAUACUUUCUUGUGCGACAUAGUUUCAAGAUGAGAUUCUUCGAGAUCCUUUCUGGCCUUGCUUCAAUUUGCGGCACAGUCUCCGCACAGUACACAGCCUCAAAAUACUAUGAUAAGACCUCCGGCAUUACAUACUCUUCCAUUACGCUACCCAACGGUGUUUCAUAUCGCGUUGCACUUCCCGUGAGCUCCAAUACCUCGGAGGCAAUUCUGCAAGUUGUCGUUCCCAACAAGUUCAAUUGGUGUGGUAUGGCGUGGGGAGGACACAUGACAAAUAAUCCCCUCUCGGUGCAUUGGAACACAAAGGCGAAGACGGGACAGAAGGCCAUCGUCUCAAGCCGGAUGGCUUUUGGUUACUACGCCACUCCUGGAACUUACGAGGGUGCCACAUACACCUACCUGAAAGGUACAACAUCCAACACCACACACUGGCAAGUCACAUCGCGAUGCCAAGGCUGCACGCGGUGGUCGACAUCAGACGGUGAUGUCAACCUUGACACGAUGACGGAAACCCAAUUCGCAUAUGCGUGCUCGAGUGUGGCUCCGGAUACCCCAACCAGCAAUACCAGCACGUUUAAUGUACAUGAGCAGUACGGAAUUUGGACGCACGAUUUGACGAUUGCAAGGAAUGCGAGUUUUGCGAGUUUUGUAACGAAUAAUCCGUACACGGGGACGAAGAGGGAUGUUAAGGAAGAGGAAUAUCUGGAGAGGAGGUGGUAUGCUUAG